AUGGGCUACGAGUAUGCGCUGCACACACACACAACAGUGAGCCAAAGGGUGGAAUGCGUGGGACAGGGGAUGCAGUGUACGCGUAACGUUGAUCCAUUCAUCCGAAGACAUCACACAAUGAGUGACACAGAAGUGGCAGCACUGGAGCCGCAGACCAAUGGAGGGCCCAAACGAGGCAGAGGGCGGCCCAAGAAGGACCCCAACGCACCCCCGAAGGCCUCCCAA